GCAUUUAGAUAUUCUAUUCUUGCGUAUGUGCGAAUGUGUGGUUAUGUUCGGACUUAACCUCGCCAAACUUUUGCAUACACAAUUAAGAGAAGGAAAGAAAUUGCAGAGCUAGAAAAAGGAUAGAUAUGUAUGCAUGUUGACAACAGCUAGACAUCAUUGAGGAAACAUAAACGAGAUAACGGUCUCGACGUGGAUAACCGGCUGAUUGAAUGCAUCGCCCGGAAGCUUUCAAGACAGUGGUGUGUUACGGAAAACCGAGAAAAUGUUUAAGAAAUUCGACGAGAAGGACAGCGUUUCUGGCGUUCAGCAAUUGAAAUCGUCCGUGCAGAAAGGAAUCCGUGCGAAGCUCCUGGAGCUGUAUCCUCAUCUGGAGAGCCACAUAGACGUUAUAAUACCAAAGAAAGACGCUUUUCGCAUUGUGAAAUGCCACGAUCACAUAGAGAUCAUAGUGAAUGCGGCGGGAGACUUGUUAUUCUUUCGCCAACGUGAAGGCCCCUGGAUGCCUACUUUAAGAUUACUACACAAGUAUCCAUUCUUCCUGCCGAUGCAACAAGUUGAUAAAGGUGCCAUUAGAUUUGUUCUUAGUGGAGCAAACAUAAUGUGUCCUGGUUUAACGUCAAAGGGCGCAAAGAUGAUGACUGUGGAUAAAAAAACGGUUGUCGCUGUUAUGGCUGAGGGCAAGCAACAUGCGUUAGCUGUCGGAAUCACAACAUUGUCAACAGAAGAAAUUAUCAAAGUGAAUAAGGGAGUAGGCAUCGAGAACUGUCAUUACUUGAACGAUGGACUUUGGCAAAUGAAACCAGUGAAGUAAGACUGACUGUACAGUGGAUUCAGGAUGUAAUCAAAGAGCCAUUUUGCAUACAGAUGUCUUUUAUCCAUUUUUACUUCGCCAUCAUUUCAUGUGGAACAAUUUCUGGACAAUUUUUGUGUCUACACUGUUACGAGUAGUAAUAAAAUCAAGUUUCUCAUACUACAUUAUAUUUUUAUCAUAUAAAUUAAAGAAUUACGCCUAACGAGUCUGCUGGCGCGAGGAUAUAGAGAUAAAUAUAGCUAUAGAUAUGCCGUGUAAACGGAAAUCUAGAAUAGCGUUUGUAAAAUAAAAAAUAUUUAAGCGGGA